GCGGGCAAGGACCCGGCCCCUUCGCAUGCCCCCAGCCUGUCCUUCCCGCGCCGGGCGACCCGCCCCCAGGCCCAGGGCCUGGCUGCUCGGGCUCCAAGCCCGACGGACGCCCGUUCGGGUCCAGGCUAUAGGAGGGAUCCGGCGCGGGGCGGAGGGGCAGUGUUCCUGCGCUGUCGCCGAAGAUGUCGGGAGCCAUCUUCGCACCCCAGGAGGGCCCGGGCUCCCUGGACGCGGUGAGCGGCCACCCGCUCAUAUGCCCGCUGUGCCACGCGCAAUACGAGCGCCCGUGCCUGAUGGACUGCUUUCACGACUUCUGUGCCGGCUGCCUGCGCGGCCGCGCUACCGACGGCCGCCUCGCCUGUCCUCUGUGCCAACACCAGACGGUGGUAAAGGGCCCCAGUGGGCUCCCUCCUGUGGAUCGGCUGCUGCAGUUCCUGGUGGACAGCUCAGGGGAUGGCACGGAGGUGGUACACUGCGCCAACUGCGACCUGGAGUGUGGCAAGCAGGAUGCGGAGACCACGUACUUCUGCAACACUUGCGGGCAACCGCUGUGCGCACGCUGCCGCGACGAGACGCACAGAGCACGCAUGUUCGCGCGCCACGACAUCGUGGCCCUGGGACAGCGAAGCCGCGACGUGCUCCAGAAGUGUACCCUGCACGCGGAGCCCUACAUCAUGUUCUCCACCGACAAGAAGUCGCUGCUGUGCAUCCGCUGCUUCCGCGACAUGCAGGGGGAGAGCCGGGCCCACUGCGUGGACCUCGAGUCAGCCUACGUGCAGGGCUGCGAGCGGCUGGAGCAGGCGGUGCUGUGAAGGCCCUGCAGACGGCCACACGGGAGGCCAUUGUGCUGCUGCAGGCCAUGGUGGAGGAGGUGCGACGCAGCGCUGCGGAGGAGGAGGCCUCCAUCCACGCCCUUUUCAGUAGCAUGCAGGACACACUGGCGGAGAGGAAAGCGCUACUGCUGCAGGCCGUGCAGAGGGCACUACCUGGUUCUGGUGGGGUGAGCGGCCCUCCCCUUGGAGAUGAGGCUGCGUGCCUCUUCCCCAGCCAGUAUGAAGAGAAGGACAAGGCCUUCAAGGAGCAGCUCUCCCACUUGGCCACUCUGCUGCCCACCCUGCAGGUUCACUUGGUCAUCUGCUCUUCCUUCCUCAGCCUAGCCAACAAGGCUGAGUUCCUGGACCUGGGCUAUGAGCUGAUGGAGAGACUGCAUGGCGUCGUCUCGAGGCCGCAUCGCCUCCAGCCCGCGCAGAGCAGCAAGAUCGCCAGCGACCACUGCGCCGAGUUCGCGCGCUGUCUGGAGCCGCUGCUGCUGCUGGGGCCGCACCCGACGGCGGGUACCGGGGGCGGCGCCAAUGUGCUGGCAGGGGGCUCAGGCCCCAAGGUGCUGGUAGGACCCAGCUGCCCUUCCCCAGUGGGAAAGACGGUGGGAUCUCCAGUCCCAAAGCCCACACUGCACCGGUCCAUCAGCACCAAGGUGCUGCUGGCAGAGGGUGAGGACACGCCGUUCACUGAGCACUGCCGCCACUAUGAGGACUCCUACCAGCUCCUGCAGGCGGAAAUGCAGAGCCUGAAGGACCAGGUACAGGAGCUGCACCGGGACCUCACCAGGCACCACGCGCUCAUCAAGGCUGAGAUCAUGGGAGGCAUCCUGCACAAGUCCCUGCAGGUGGACGUGCAGAUCGCCUCGGAGUACGCCUCCGUGGAGGGGAUGCGAGCAGUCUUCCAGGAGAUUUGGGAGGAAUCCUACCAGCGGGUGGCUAAUGAACAGGAGAUUUAUGAAGCCCAGCUCCGCGACCUUCUUCAGCUGAAGCAGGAGAAUGCCUACCUGACCACAAUCACCAAGCAGAUCACACCCUACAUCAGGUCCAUUGCCAAGGUGAAGGAGCGGCUGGAGCCCAGGUUUCAGGCACCUGUGGACGAACAACAAUCAGAGCAUCUACAAAGCAUGUAUGACAGUAUGAAUGAGGAGGCCCAGGCCAGGAACGAUCCAGUGAGUGUCAAGGAGAAAAGAGAGAAGACAUCAGAGCCUAGAGCCAACAGCCAGACUCUGAGCACCCCCACAGAAGAGGCUCCACUGAGAAAUAAAGAUUCUCAUAGACCCAAACAGAAAAAUGGGGGUGACAGCCCCACGUGGAGAGAGCACCCAACUUAGCAAUGGGACUGGUCCCGGGGCUUGGGCAUUUUACAGCAUGCACAUCAAGACAAGGAUGUUUAAGAAAAGGUUGUUCCCAUCAUGAUUACUUCUUAAAACAGUAACCAUUUAUCAGCGGAAACUCUGACAGGUCUCAUUUCAGAUUCCCUGGCUUGAGCUAAGCUUCUAACUUCCCUGUGUUCACAAUGCACGAAGUCCUGGUCCUCAUCACAGUGACCUGGGAUGAUGUGCCAGCCCCUGGGGAAGGCAUCCGUCUCCCCAGGAACCCGCUCUCCUGUCAGGGUGCUCGGUCUGACUUUCAGAUAGCACAACUCCACCCCAUGCAGCACCUGCCCCGCCUCAAGGGAUGGGGCUCCUCCUGCAGCACAGCCCACUGCUAGCCAGGCCACUGGAAAGGUCCCCCACCCACUGAGCGCUGACUCAGCAUGAGGGAGAAGCCUGCGCCCCGGCUCUUCUCCCUGUAGGGAAGGGAGCAGAGCACAAGCUCUUGGCGGGGGCCAUGGCAGGAGAUGGCACACCACAGCCUCUCCACACCUGGCAGACGGCUGCCACUCUCCUGCCUCCACUUUCUGUGGACAUUAAACCAUGAUUCCACAGCAAUUUUUCUCUAAUAGCUUUCCAUUCCUACACAGUACCUUUUUUCUCAAGUGUGACUUAAUAAAUGCUUCAAAAGGAAAAUUAA